AGGAGUCCCUCCGAGAGUGGCAGAGGGCGCUGCGGGGCGAGAUCCGGCAGGUGGAGCGUGGCAUCAAGAGAAUAGAGCAGGAUGAGGAGAAGAUCAAGAAGGACGCCAAGGCCAUGGCGAAGAACGGCGGGGACCCGCAGAGCAUCAAGCUGCUGGCGAAGUCGCUGGUCCGGUCCAGCAAGGCCAAGGGUAGACUCUACACCGCCAGGGCGAACCUGAGUGCGGCGUCGUCGGAGAUGGCGAACCAGGCCGCGACGAUGCGGUUGGCGGACGCCAUGACGAGGUCGACGGCGGUGAUGCAGCAGAUGAACGCCCUCGUGAAGGUGCCCGAGCUGCACGAGGCGAUGUCCUCCAUGCAGCGAGAGAUGAUUCGCGCAGGCCUCAUAGACGAGCUGAUCGACGAGGGGAUGGAGGACAUGGACGGGCCCGAGUUGGAGCAGGAGGCCGCCGACGAGGUCGACAAGGUGUUGGAGGACCUGGCCAUCGACGCUUCCGUGCGCCUCGCGAUCACCAGGCCUGCGCAGGCGUCGGUCCCCGUGGCCUCGCCGGCGGCCGCCGCGCCUGCCGCCCCCGCGGUGGCCGCGGAGGCCCCUGCCGCGUGAAGGUGUUGUGACCGACCGCGUGUACGCAGAGUACGUGCUCCAAGUUUCACCGUGUGUCGCGCUCCAGGGGGAGAUGUACGAUGUAAGCGCAGAUAUGCUUGCAUAGUUGUACCUCCUCAUCAUUACUCCCUCCAUCGUUUUUCUUUGUGCCUGUCUCCCCUCUUCCCUGAUGCACUCCGAUCGUUUCCCCGUCCCUCGUUCUCUCGCUCUCUCUCUCUCUCUCUCUCUCUCUCUCUCUCUUCCUCUGAAGGGAGAGAGGGAUGUUGUUCACACGGCGCAUCAAGUUGUUUGUGCGUGCGUGUGUUUUUAUAUUUCCAAUUCAAACAUGGGUAUCUCGAUGCCUGCUCCAAGCCGCACUUGCUGGCUGAGGGCGAGGAGCCGCGUCAAACCCGAAAUUACAUCCCCGGCCCUCGCUUGCGUUCCCGCGGGUCUUGCCGAUGAGCUUGCCGCCCGGAGAGAGAGCCCCGCACGCCGUCGGACGGCGCACGCCGCCGCGGCGCCUUGCUGCGAGAGGCGGCCCCGUCGCACAGCGGCCCCCGCGCCUGGACUCUGAGGCCUUCGGCCACGGGGGCGCCUCGAAAAGGCCCCCCC